UUCACGCCGGGGAGGGGUUUCUGAGCCAAGGAGCACACGGCCUACUUCAUGGCUAUGGGGCUGGCUUCACAGCCUGCUGGGGACAAGGGCAGAGGCAGGGACCAGACCGGUGACAGUGCCUGCAGGAGGUGGUAUCGUGGAAGUCAGGGAAGUCAUCAGGGGCCGGAUGUGCCGGCACACUGGGGUGGGGUGUGAUAGGUGCUGACGGGACAGGACGGCCCCAGGACUCCAGUCCAAGCCACCGAAAGAUGGACAGCCACUUAGUGCAACAGGGGAGCCGUGGGAGGGCCGCCCGGACACCCUCUCCACACCCCCUUUCCGGGCACCAGUGCGGACGGGGGUGCCGGCUCCGGUUCCGGGACGAGUGAGGGAAGGCCACCUUGCCCUUCGGCUCUGAGGAAGGGAAGGUAGGAGUUGGGGGUGGCAUGAGUGUGGCGACCAGGCCCCCGUGAGCGGCCGAGAUAGAGCUCCUGGCUCCAGGAGGGACCGACCCGGCCUCUGGGAAGAGACCGCUUCUUUCCGUGGAGGCAAGGCCGGGAUGGGGAGACACAAACGGAGGACCUCUGGUUGGGGGGCCGGCCUCCUCCCCAGCACCCUCUGGGGUUCGAGGAGAGUUUAUGGCCCCAGCUCAGACUUAACAAACCCAUUCACAAUACAUCAUCUCCAACAACUUGUUUGACUAAGGCGCAUACGCAUAAACUCUCCCUCUGAUAGAAGAUGUUUAUACAGGUUUUCAAACAAACCCCCCAGGUCAUGACCCCUCUCCCAACAGCAUCAACACAGCUGCCUGUGGUCCUUUCCACGCGGCGGGGCCCUCCUGGGUACGACAACCUGAGGAAUGUGGACCCAAAGUACCAGGCUGCUUCCCACCUGGUUCUGGCUCCUUCCUCCUUGACUUUGCACAGGGCAGAAGGCCCCAGGGCGGAGGGGGGGGGGGUGUCUUUGGCUCCCUCCUGUGUUAACCCAGGGCCCUGUCUCCUUGCCCACCACCUCUUCUGCCAGGGCAACCCCAGCUCUUACAAAAAUGGAGCUUCUUAGCCCCUCACUCAGGCCUCCUUGGGAAAGGAGGUAGUUGCAAUAUAACAAAAAGACCCCGAACAGAGAGCCUGGCAGACCGGGGCUUUCCUUCCGGCUUUGCCGUUUAGCAACAUGUGACCCAGGCAGGCUACAUGCCCUUCAGGGCUCCAUUUCCUCCCUAUAAUAUUGCUUCUCCUGAUCCGCAGGCCCCACGCGGACAGGCCCAGCACGAGCAGGCAUUUCUAAUCACCUCCCCCCUCUGGUUCAAGGGCAAGAGGUGAAGCCUGUGGCCUCACUUUCAUGGGCUGGGGUGGAUUGGUUUGUUGGUUGGUUGGUUUUUGAGUUUGGUGACUGUCCUAUUCCCAACUGCUCUUGAGAACAAAUGCCUCACUAUGGGAUAGUGAAGUUCUAGGAAAAAAAAGAAAAGCCUUCCAUUACGAAAUCACAUGCGCUCACAAACUGGUGGGAAAAAAUAGUAAGUAAACACAGAGUCACACAGAAACACCCCCAACAUUAAGGCCUCCUGAGAAAUCCUCUGGAACCCCAGGGGUCAGCACUGAAAAAUCUGGUAACACUGGGCUGUCAUCUCGGAUGACCACAUUCACAUGGCUUUGACCACAGGCAGCCCCUUCUGUGUGUGGUACAGGCCUUACCACCUGUCUUGUCCCUGAUUCACCUGCUUCGCUCACUUCCUCCACCUGCUGGCCCCUGAAGGCAGUCUAGAUUUUGAUCCCUGUUGCAGAUGAAUAAUAAGUAACACGAAUUUAGCACUGACUGUGUGCCAGGCUCUAACUGCAUUGCAUGUAUUAACUCAUUUUAGCCUCAAAAUAACAAUGAGAUAGAUACUGUUUUUAUGCCUUUUCACUCAAGGAAUAUUCACCGAGAGCCCAAACCUGCCAGGCACCAUUCGGGCAGUGGCAAUGUGGCUGAGAACAAAACAGAGAGAAUCCCUGCCUUCACGGAGCUUUCGUUCUGGUACAGGCAUAGCACACGGGAUCAUUAAAAGUGAAUCAGGAGGUGUACCUGCAAGGGAGGAAAAUAAAGCAGGGUUUGGGGCAUGCAGACGGCUGGCAGCGGGGUGCGUUGUUGUAAAUAGAGUAGUCAGUCCAGCUUGCUGAGAAGGUGACAUUUGAGGGAAGCCCUGAAGGAGGUGAAGAAUUUGAGGAGCACUGUAGGCACAGAGAGGUUAAGAAACACGCCUAGGGUCACACAGCUAGUAAGUUGCAAAGCUGGGGUUUGAACCGGGGCUGGCUCCAGAGCCUGGCUUUUAAGGGUUGCGGUAUAGGGCCCAAUGCAAGAUGCCACUCCUGUCCCUGGGACCUUCAGAGUUUGGGGUGGGGGGGAGGACAGGCCAUGAGCCUCAUGGCUUCUGGAAAGCUGGAGUCGAAGAGGAGGAGGAGGGACGGACAAGGGGCAGCAGGGAAGGCCAAGGCUUUGGCUCUGAAGUUUCUGACCUCCUGCCCUGUCCUCCCAGAAGGCCGAGAUGGAUUGGCCACCUGCUGUCAGCUCUUUAUUUUAAUCUUGGUGGGGGGGGGGGGUCUUGGAGCUUGCACCCGCCCCCACCCGAUCCCGGCCCCUCCUCCCUCCCAGUGCUGGGGUGAACCCGCCACACGGCCUCUCAUCUGCCAGCACCUUCUCUGCCUCCAGCAGCACCCGCCUCUGCAGCCAGGAGACCACCCCAGCCGCCCGGCCUCACCCAUGGGGAACAGCAAAAGCGGGGCCCUGUCCAAGGAGAUCCUGGAGGAGCUGCAGCUGAACACCAAGUUCACAGAGGAGGAGCUGUGUGCCUGGUACCAGUCCUUCCUGAAGGACUGUCCCAGCGGCCGCAUCACGCGACAGGAGUUCCAGAGCAUCUACGCCAAGUUCUUCCCCGAAGCCGACCCCAAGGCCUACGCCCAGCAUGUGUUCCGAAGCUUCGACGCCAACAGCGACGGCACCCUGGACUUCAAGGAGUAUGUCAUCGCCCUGCACAUGACCUCCGCGGGCAAGACCAACCAGAAGCUGGAGUGGGCCUUCUCCCUCUACGACGUGGACGGCAACGGAGCCAUCAGCAAGAACGAAGUGCUGGAGAUUGUCAUGGCUAUUUUCAAAAUGAUCAGUCCCGAGGACGCGAAGAACCUUCCAGAGGAUGAAAACACCCCAGAGAAGCGAACCGAGAAGAUCUGGGGGUUCUUUGGAAAGAAAGAUGAUGACAAACUCACGGAGGAAGAGUUCAUCGAGGGGACCCUGGCCAAUAAGGAAAUCCUGCGACUGAUCCAAUUUGAGCCUCAAAAAGUGAAGGAAAAGUUAAAGGAGAAGAAACCCUGAUGCCAACUGCGCAGCCCUGUCCCCCUCACCCCUUCCCCCGCCGCGCACAGAAACCCGGGCAUGCGCACACCUCCCCAGGGGCCAAGGGGGUUUCCCAGGCCUCAGCGUCCCUCCCGUUCCUCCCAGCCACCUCCUCUCCCUUGCCCGCCCCUUGGGGCCUCCGUGAUAAUCCCAGGAUUGGGUCGCUGGAGUCCUACCAACCCCCCCCCCCCACCCGCCCACCACCGUGUAAGCUCCUUUGUGGUUUGCUGGGUAAGCAGGUUCCAAUAAAUGCGAGAG